CCCCUCAUCCCCGGGCGGGCGGUUGGUGACGUCAGGCGGUCGCUGAGGAACGGGUCGCAGGUGCAUCCGUUCCCUCGGGGCGAGCGGCGCCGGCUGCCAGCGCCUGCCGCCGCCGGCCCCCUGCACGGUACCCUCCGCUCCUCGCUGCAGCGCAGGUUCCCCGAACGCAGUGGCGGGGGGAGACCGGAGACCUGCGCGGGGAGGACGUGCCAGCUGGCGGAGAGGAGGGCGCGGAGGCAGCCCCGUCACGAGAGGAGGCGGCGGCGGCGGGGAGGAGGAGGAGAAGCCGGCGAGAAGCCUCGCCUCGCCUCACAGCCCCUCCGCCGUCACCGCCUGGCUGUCCCUGGCCGCCGGAGGUACCGGCGGCCGCCCGUCCUCAUGAUGGCCUCAACUACCACCUGCACCCGCUUCACCGACGAGUACCAGCUCUUCGAGGAGCUCGGGAAAGGGGCGUUCUCCGUCGUGAGGAGGUGCAUGAAAAUCACCACAGGACAAGAGUAUGCUGCCAAAAUUAUCAACACUAAAAAGCUUUCGGCCAGGGAUCACCAGAAACUGGAAAGAGAAGCUCGAAUCUGUCGCCUCUUGAAGCAUCCCAAUAUUGUGCGGCUUCAUGACAGCAUAUCAGAAGAAGGAUUUCAUUACUUAGUCUUUGACCUAGUCACUGGAGGUGAACUGUUUGAAGAUAUAGUUGCAAGAGAAUAUUAUAGUGAAGCAGAUGCCAGUCAUUGCAUUCAGCAGAUCCUGGAGGCUGUGCUCCACUGUCAUCAGAUGGGCGUUGUCCAUCGCGACCUCAAGCCUGAGAACUUACUUUUAGCUAGCAAAUCCAAGGGAGCAGCAGUAAAACUGGCGGACUUUGGAUUGGCUAUAGAAGUCCAAGGAGAACAACAGGCUUGGUUUGGCUUUGCUGGUACUCCAGGAUACCUUUCUCCAGAGGUGUUACGAAAAGAUCCUUAUGGAAAGCCUGUGGAUAUGUGGGCAUGUGGUGUCAUUCUGUAUAUCCUCCUGGUGGGAUAUCCUCCUUUCUGGGAUGAAGACCAGCACAGGCUUUACCAGCAGAUCAAGGCCGGUGCUUAUGAUUUUCCCUCUCCAGAAUGGGAUACAGUGACCCCUGAAGCAAAAGACCUUAUCAAUAAAAUGCUUACCAUCAACCCAGCAAAACGUAUCACAGCAUCGGAAGCGCUAAAGCAUCCAUGGAUCUGUCAACGUUCUACUGUUGCCUCUAUGAUGCACAGACAAGAGACUGUAGAUUGCUUGAAGAAAUUCAAUGCAAGAAGAAAACUAAAGGGGGCCAUUCUGACAACUAUGCUGGCUACCAGGAAUUUCUCAGCAGCCAAGAGUUUACUGAAAAAGCCGGAUGGAGUUAAGAAAAGGAAGUCCAGUUCGAGUGUUCAGAUGAUGAUAAACAACAAAACGAACGUGGUAACCAGCCCCAAGGAAAAUAUUCCUACCCCGGCGCUGGAGCCCCAAACUACAGUAAUCCACAACCCUGAUGGAAAUAAGGAGUCAACAGAGAGUUCCAAUACAACCAUUGAAGAUGAGGAUGUGAAAGCGGGCAAGCUCACGAAAAAUGCAAUCUCAGAGAGUCACUCGCUUGAGUCUGAGCAUUUCCACUCCACUCCUUCCUCUGUACUGUCUCGUAAGCAGGAGAUUAUCAAGGUUACCGAGCAGUUGAUUGAAGCUAUCAACAAUGGGGACUUUGAAGCUUACACAAAAAUCUGUGAUCCAGGCCUUACAUCUUUCGAACCUGAAGCUUUGGGUAAUCUAGUAGAAGGGAUGGACUUCCAUCGGUUUUACUUUGAAAAUGCUUUAUCCAAAAGUAACAAGCCAAUCCACACCAUUAUCCUCAACCCUCACGUCCACCUGGUGGGUGAGGACGCUGCCUGCAUCGCGUACAUCCGGCUGACGCAGUACAUGGAUGGCAGCGGGAUGCCAAAGACUAUGCAGUCAGAGGAGACGCGGGUCUGGCACCGCCGCGACGGCAAGUGGCAGAACGUUCAUUUUCACCGAUCAGGGUCACCAACGGUUCCUAUCAAUGCCUAGCACAGCGGGAUCCCAGUCAUGACUUCGGCCCCUAGAUGCUACGCUAAAAAUAUCAGCAGUGCCGCUCUUGCAUUUUCUGUACCCAACGCACCCGGGUGAUUACCAUCUUGGCCAUCCCGUUCUCUUCAUGCAUGUUUCUGAGUGCAUGAAGUUGUGAAGGUUCUUCAUGUAACACAUUUUGUGAUGCACCAUGUUGCUGUAUAUUCCAUCUGUACACUGUUAACAUUUCAAUGAAGGUGAUGUUCCAUGCAAACAGAGGAUAAUGAGGCAUAAAAGACAAAGAAAAUAGUCGAUGGACAGCAGCAGACACAGGCUACAUUUGUCACUUUCUCCAUUUAUGCCAGGCUUUGACAGACACCUGUAAAAACUGUCCCAUUUAUUAAACAAGAAAGCAAGUUUUCCAAAAAGUACAUUUUACUUUACCUUUUUUUUUGGUUGUUUUGGGGUUGUUGUUUUCAUUUGUUAAGAGCUAGUUUUUGACUCCUCUGUUUCCCCAGAGUCCCAGGAUUUUGCUUUGGUUCUGGUAGGCAUGGUCAGGAUUUCCGCUGGCAGCUCUGUUACUGGACAACAGAUUUUUAUGACAGCACGUAGGUGGACAAAAGCACUGAUAAAUGUGGAAGUGAUAAUAUCUUGGUUUUGUACCAGCUGAAGCCUUUUAGUUUAUUAGUCUGUGUAAACUGGAAAAAUCUCAUCAUUUACUGGCUUGGUCACUUCAGAAUUAACCAUCAGUGUCCUGGGGAGCCAGCAGCUUCUCUUUUCCCUUUUGACUCUUUCCUUUCUUACUGUUAAGUCAAAAUUUCUACUGGAUGAUUAACCAAAAUAAAAAGGAAUAUAUGUUUUUAGAUUUAAGUGAUGUCUGAGGGGCAGUUUUUGAGGACUAAAAUGGAAGAAUAGAGAAAGAUUUGUAUCGCUUUUAGGGUUUACUGUAGAUUUUUUUUAAGGAGGCUUUAAAAACCUCUAAAAUGUUGGUUAAGCUGUAGACCAGAUGUGCUUGAGAAAUAUUAGGCUGUAAAACUUCAGUAUGAAGAGUUUACUUUCCACUGCUGCUGUUGCUUCUUUGGAAAGAAGAAGGGCUACAAAGAUGAUUAGGGCAGUAGAACAUCCUUCUUACGGAGAAAUGCUGAGGGACUUGGGGCUUUUUAGCCUAAAGAAGAGAAGACUGAGGGGGGGUCUUUUCAAUGCCUAUCAAUACUGAAAGCUUUGGUGGGUGUCAGGAGGAUGGAGCCAGUAUUUUUUCAGUGGUGCCCAGUGGCAGGAAAAGAGGUAAAAGGCACAAUCU